UUGGACUUAAACGAGGAAUUCCUAGUAAGCGUGAGUCAUCAACUCGCGUUGAUUACGUCCCUGCCCUUUGUACACACCGCCCGUCGCUACUACCGAUUGAAUGGCUUAGUGAAUCCUUCGGAUUGGCUAUUUUUUUCUGGCAACAGAAUUAAACUGCUAAAAAGUUGGGCAAACUUGAUUUAUGAAAGACUAACUUCUGCGAAAGCAUUUGCCAAGGAUGUUUUCAUUAAUCAAGAACGAAAGUUAGGGGAUCGAAGACGAUCAGAUACCGUCGUAGUCUUAACCAUAAACUAUGCCGACUAG